AGCCAGUGAAGUUGAGCGUGGCAGCAGAGGAGGUCGCCACUUUGUAUGGGAAAAUGCUGCACCUUGAGUGUACGACCAAGGAAGUCUUCCAGAGGAACUUCUUCAAUGAGUGGAGAAAGGAGAUGACAGCUGAGGAGAGAAAGCUCAUCACACACCUUGACAAAUGUGACUUUGUAGAGAUCCACAAGCAUUUCAUGGCAAGAACUGAGGCCCACAGGACCCUGUCCAGGGAGCAGAAGCAGAAGCUAAAAGAAGAGGCCGAAAAACUUCAGCAGGAGUUUGGCUACUGUAUUCUAGAUGGCAGAGAAAAAAUAGGCAAUUUCAAGAGAGAGCCACCUGGCUUAUUUCGUGGCCGAGGUGACCAUCCCAAGAUGGGGAUGUUGAAGAGGAGAGUCAUGCCGGAGGAUGUGGUCAUUAACUGCAGCAGGGAUUCCAAGGUCCCUGAGCCCCCAGCCAGUCACCAGUGGAAAGAGGUGUGCUCAGAUAACACAGUCACAUGGCUGGCUUCAUGGAUAGAGAACAUCCACAACACCUUCAAGUACGUCAUACUGAACCCCAGCUCCAAGCUGAAGGGGGAGAUGGAUUGACACAAGUACGAGGCUGCACGAUGCUUGAAGGGAGUGGUGGGCAAGAUCCGUGCUCAGUAUCAGACUGACUGGAAAUCCCCAGAAAUGAAGAAAAGACAGCUGGCCAUGGCCCUUUAUUUUAUUGAUAAGCUGGCACUGCGAACAGGAAAUGAGAAGGAAGAAGGUGAGACAGCUGACACUGUCUGCUCGCUCCGUGUGGAGCAUGUUCGUCUGCAUGAAAAGGCAGAUGGCCAAGAGCAUGUUGUGGAACUGGACUUCUUGGGAAAGGAUUCCAUCCGCUAUAAUAACUGUGUGACGGUGGAGAAGCUUGUGUUCCAGAACCUUCAGCACUUCAUGGAGGACAAAGACCCUGGGGACAAUCUCUUUGAUGUGCUGACUACUGCCAGCCUGAACAAGCACUUGCAGGACUUGAUGGAGGGGCUGACAGCCAAGGUGUUCCGGACCUACAAAGCUUCCAUCACUCUGCAGGAGCAGCUGUGGGUACUGACCAGGGCUGAAGAUAGCCUAACCUCUAAAGUCUUAGCUUACAACCAGGUGAAUCGGACUGUGGCUGUCCUCUGUAAACAUCAGAGAGCAAUCCCCAAGACCUCCAGCAAAAGGUGGGAAGGCACCUGUAGUGUGGCUAUUGAGACCAAGAAGGCACAGAUGGCUGAGGCACAGGUGGAGUUGGAGAAGGCAAAAGCUAACCUUAGAACUCGAGGGGAGAGCAAGUCUAAAAGUUUGCUGCAGAAGCAGAAGCAGCUGGUGAAGCUGGAGGAACAGUUGGCCCGGUUGCGCAUGAAGGCCACAGAUAAGGAGAAGAACAAGCAAGUGGCCCUGAGCACUGCUAAGCUCAAUUAUCUGGACCCCAGGAUCAGCAUUGCCUGGUGUGUAGGCCUGAGGCUGUUGUACCUGUGUGUGACCUGGGUAUUAUGAUAAUGCAGAGGGGAA